ACUGGUGUUGCCUGCUUUUCCUUGGGUCCUCGUGUCAGUCGCGUGCGAAAGCGUAAAGUAAACAGACAGGCGGCUAAAGCGGCAGAAGGAAAAGCAGCGAAGCGCUGGAAAAGCAGGAAAAAGCAGCAGCCGUGCAACCGAGGCCCAAACAACAACACCAGCGGCUGGCAGGCGAAUUCCCACGCUGCUGCUCAGUCAGUUGAACUUUGACCACGGCGGUAACGGGUUCGGUGCGGUGCAGUGUAGUUUUGGUGCGGUCAACGCGGCGUAUGCGCAACGUACGUGCAACGUGAGCGUUUUUUUGCGGAACUAUAAAUGAUGAAUUCCAAAUGUGCUGGCAUAUGGCUGCCACGUGCCCCCAGCUAAAAUGUGACUAAAGGAUUAAAAAAAAAACGAGCAAGUCAAACAAAAAGCGAAAAUGAAACAAUGCAAAAAAGCGCUUAAUUAAAAUAUGGAAAGUUAAUUGCAAAUUGCGCUUAGCCAUGUGGUCACAUCAAAUGGGCAUAAAUCAACGCAGAUAGUGCAUUUAAUUAGGCUUAAUAUAAAGAAAACAUCAAAUAACCGAAAAGUGUGGGCCUAAAAAAAUAAACAACAAUUAGAGCGGGAGAAAAACGUUUUAAUUAAUGCAAUGUCAGCCAAUUGAAAUGCAAGUGCAGUGACAAAUGAAAUCAAAUUAAAGCUCUGAUAAAUUGAAUCACAAAUGCAAAACAAUUGACAGCAACAACAACAAGCGGAAACUAAGUGCAACAUCCACGGCGACACACAGCAACAAAAUGCCGGCAUCAAGUGGAUUAUAUCGCAUCAAAAAUGGCCGUGUCCUUGACAGGCUGCAAAAACCAGCGGCACUCAUUUUUAUAAUAGCAUAUAUUGCGGCAUGCGGCAUUUGCGACCACACAGCAUCCGCAUCGCCGGGAGGAGGAAUAACAGAAGCCGCCACCAUGACGACGCCGGCUAGCGAGCCAUCAGUGAGGCAUAUAAAUCAAAAUUUAAUUAUGUCACAGUCGAAGGAGGGUGAACCGGUGCCCGUGCCACAGCCGUAUGCCCAAAGUGCCGCAUCCGCCGGGGGCAGCAGCAUCACCAGCUUCGACUCGACCAAUGUGAUCGAUGGCCAAAGCCAGCCGACGCCCACACACCUGCAGGAAGCGGUGCUCCAGACGCACUCGCACUCCCGGAUCCAGGCCAAAGAUACGGCCGGACCCUAUCCCAUCCCAGCACACCGGCCGGAGCCCGUGGAGAACCAUCUGGAGGCCAGCAACGGCAUCGAGGGCGGCAUGGAGAGCCUCUUCGGCACGCCCAUGUACUUCGGCACCGAGAACUCGACGGUGGUCACCACGCAGAUCGGGGCCACCGCCCACGUUCCCUGCACCGUGCACCACAUCGGCGAGGGGGUGGUAUCGUGGAUACGCAAAAAGGAUUAUCAUCUGCUUACGGUCGGCUUAACAACGUACAGCAGCGAUGAGCGGUUCAGUGCCACGCACUUGAAGCAUUCCGAGGACUGGACACUGCAAAUCAAAUUCGUGCAGUUACGUGAUGCCGGCGUCUACGAGUGCCAGGUGUCCACCCAUCCGCCCACCUCGAUUUUCCUGCACCUGAGCGUCGUCGCCCGCGCCGAGAUCACGGGUCCUCCGAUUCGAUAUCUAACCCCAGGUUCGACGCUGCGCCUGCAGUGCCGCGUGGUGCAGAACACGGAGGCCUCGGAGUAUAUAUUCUGGUAUCACGAUAACCGCAUGAUUAACUACGACAUCGAUCGGGGCAUUAAUGUGUCAACGGAGCCGGACUUUCAAUCUUCGGAGCUUACCAUUCAGCGGACACGACGUGAGCACUCGGGAAACUUUACCUGCGUCGCCAGCAACACGCAACCAGCCAGCGUUCUGGUGCACAUCUUCAAGGGCGACAAUCCGGCAGCCAUGUAUCACGGACAUGUGGGCGGUUCCACGAAGACAAUGCAGUCCCAGCUGCAUAUGAUUAUGAUAAUCAUUGCCAGCGGCUAUCGGAUAUUCCACACGAGUGUAUAUAUGAAGAUCGUGUAGAUGGAUGUAGAUGGCCUAAAACGUAGCAGCCCCAGGAUGCUGGUUCCGCGUGGAGAGCAUUUGUAACUAUGUCAUCAGCCGGUCGAAGUCGAGCCCACAGGCCACCCAUUUCCAGUUGCCCCCGUGGAAAACCCAAUCUAAAAUUAGUUACUUCUCUACUACAAGCAUACAUACGUACUACCAUACACCUAACGCCUAGGCCAAAACUAUCAGACAAGCGAAACCAGAACUUAAGAACUCUAUCUCUCUCUACAUAGCAGGUGUGCAUGUAUAGUAAAGAACAACUCUCUCCUUUUAUAUGUAUGCGUGUAUGUGUGUGUUUCGUUAAUGUGUAAGUGUCAUACUUAGCCACAGGAUGCAGCUUAUGCCGCACAUGUAUUAUAUAAAUGUCAACUUUGCAGACUACUAACACAAAAUUGACGAGAGAAAGAGCCGAAAUAUAGUAUAAUUUAUGUCACUUCAAGGAUCUCGAAAAUCAUAAACGAAAAUGCGUAUUUUCGGGUCCUGGGAGUGCUAACGAGCUCAAUAUUAAGAACUGACGUGCAUUUCCAAUCUAGAAUUCAUAUUUUUACAAGUCCCAGUCUACGAUUAAGAACUUAGUUUCAGCCACAAGCACUCAAUCAUUCGGCUCUGAUUUAUGCUGCAUUGUACAGACAAACUCUUAACUGAUUAAAAUGGAUUUAGCUAAAGGAAUUUGGUUUUACUCGAGAAAGAGUUCUUCGAAUAAAUAACUUUCAGAGUUAAGCUGUAAAUAAAUUAUUUGUUAAACUAAAUUACAUAAAUAACUAUUACGUGUAAGAGUGACAAACAGUUAUUUGCAGAACGUGCAAACAAAUUUAGAGUGUGGCAGUGGAUAAAGUUUAUAAGUAUUGCAAAGUUUGGAAAGAUGUUGUUAAUCAAAAAGGUUAAAAUCCAAAAAACAAGCAGAGAACCGAGUAAUCAAAAUAAACUAAUUGUCUAAGAUAAGGGAUAUUUAGCAAUUUUUAAUUAGUGGACAUAACUUUUAACUGUCUUAGCAAUGUGCAAAUACAAAAGCAUUGGCGACUCACUAACGAGCGGAGAAUCCAAUGGCAAAGGAUUGGGAAAUAGCUUCCAAUGAUUGCGUGUAAAUAUCGAUUUGUGCAACUGCAGAAAUGAUUUUUAGCCCUUAAGUCUGUGUAGUUAAAUGUAACGAAAAUUACCGAGCAAAAAAUACACAAAAAUCAGAAAAAAACCAUCAUGAGAAAAGUGAACAAAUAAAACAUAAUAAAAUUAUGCGAAAUACAAAAACCA